CUGAUAGACGGCACUGACUGGCAUCACUGCUGGGCACUGACUGGCAGCACUGACUGGCACAACCCCUGGGCACUGACUGGUGGCACUGACUGGGCUGCACUGGUGGGUGGCACUGGUGGGCAGCACUGGUGGGUGGGCACAGGUGGGUGGCACUGGUGGGUGCACUGCUGGGCACAGGUGGGCGGAACUUGCGGGUGGCACUGCUGGGCACCGAUCAUCAGGGCACUGAUCAUCAGUGCCCUGAUGAUCGGUGCCGAUCCUCACUCUGACAACUGCCGGUUCUCGGCAGUACUUACCUCACGAUCUGACAGUGUGAGGAAAGUGCAGCCGAGAACCGGCACUUGC